GCUUUUCAAUUUCCCUCCACAAUGAUAUAUAUCUUGUUGUUUGCAGUCUUUUCCUUUGCUAAAGCCACGGUGCCAGCUUCAGAGACGUUUCAAUACGUCAACGAAGGAGAACUGGGACCUUAUAUCAUAGAGUACGAUGGCAACUAUCGAGUUUUACCUCCCUUUGCAUCCCCAUUCCAGCUUUGCUUCUACAACACCACCCCGGAUGCAUUUACCCUUGCAUUGCGUAUGGGGCUCACCAAAUCCGAAUCCUUGUUCCGGUGGGUUUGGGAAGCGAACCGCGGGAACCCGGUUAAGGAAAACGCCACGUUGACGUUCGGACGCAACGGAAACCUUGUCCUGGCCGACGUCGAUGGCCGGAUCGCUUGGCAAACCAACACCUCUAACAAAGGUGUGACGGGGUUCAAAAUUCUGCCUAAUGGGAACAUGGUGCUUCAUGAUGCCAAAGGUAAUUUCAUUUGGCAGAGUUUUGAUUAUCCUACCGAUACCCUCUUAGCAGGACAGUCCCUUCGGCUUGGUGGUCCAACCAAGCUUGUGAGUCGAGCCUCUGAUCUCAAUAACUCGGAUGGUGCUUAUAGCCUGGUCAUGGAAUCUAAAUCGUUGGUUUUGUACUAUAAGGGCCCGAACACCCCUAAGCCAAUUCUUUAUUUCAAUCCUGAAUUUUGGGUGAAUGUUAGAAAGGGUCCUUUAGAAUAUGUUAAGUUCGAUUCCACCCCUGAAAACGACGAGGCUACUGCCUAUGGGCUAAAUCUGGGGUAUCAUGCUACUUCUAACUAUGGAGGGACUCUAAGGAUCGGAAGACCCAACUACAACAGCACGUUAUCGUUUCUUCGACUCGGAAUGGAUGGAAAUAUUAGGAUAUUCACCUACUAUGACCCUGUGUUCGAGGGUGCAUGGCAGGAAACCUUCACUCUUUUCAAAAGAGAUCCAUCUUGGGACGAUGAAUGCCAAAUGCCGGAACGAUGUGGGAAAUUCGGGCUUUGUGAGGACAGCCAAUGCGUGGCAUGCCCGUCGCCCAACGGGCUGUUGGGUUGGAGUAAAGAUUGCGAUGUCAAGAAGUUAACGAGCUGCAACGAGAAGGAUUUUUACUAUUACAAGCUUCUAGGGGUUGAUCAUUUCAUGACUACUUACACUAGAGGAAAUGCCAUAAAAGAAGAUGAAUGUGGGAAGAGAUGUAGCAAGGAUUGCAAGUGUUUGGGCUACUUUUACAACCAGGAAAUUUCAAGGUGUUGGGUGGCUUAUGAUCUUAAAACCCUUAAAAGAGUUGCAAAUGCAACCCAUGUGGCUUACAUCAAGGCCCCAAAGUAGUGAUAAGCUAGGGUUAAUUCCCCUUAUUUUUAAUUUUACCACCAGUAAGAGUCUGUUUGUCGUUUUUUUUUAUUCCAAUAAAAUCAAGUAAAAAAAUGUGAUUUUUGUUUUUUCUUUC